UAAUUUCUUCCAACUAAAAUCCAAAAUAUAAAAGUUAAAACUUGUCGGUGUUUCGGUGGAGCAUUUUGUUCUUCUAUAUAUUUUUAAUUUAUCAAAUUGAGCAUAUCCAUAUUUUAUUUAAGAAGGAUUUAAUUAUAUCUUCCGCCCUCUGCCGCCGUUGAGAAUAUUCCGGCAAAAGUAUCGGCCUUUAGCGUUUGUCUAACACGCGCCAACGCGCCUCUGCCUUAGCACUAUAAAAAUCAAAAUCCCAUUGCUUUUUUCAUUCUCAUGGAUUUCUUCAAAUCCGUAUUCGCCGACGAUCCAGAAAUUUCCGAGACCGAAAAUGCCCCUACAGUAUCUCCAAACCCUAACCCUAUCCCUAACCCUGAUAUUCCAGCGAUAUCGAACGCAUGGAGUUUUGGUUCAACGCUGUUCAGAACUAUAGCAUCGAAAUCCGAAUCCGUUGUUCAGAACUACCGCCGCGAUAUCGAGGAGUUCAGCUCCGGUUUGAAGAAGGAAACGGCUACAAUCCGUGAAGUAGCUAGCCGAGCCGUUAAGGACUUGCCGGCUCGCUUUGAAUCUGGCGCCGCCGUUGCGCAGGAAUCGCUUGAAUCGGUUGGUCAAGCUAUUGAUAAUAUCGGCUCAACUGUAUCGGAGAUUAUUGCUCAUGGUAAGGAGUCGAUCCUUGUUAAUAAUGAUUCUGACAGUGAAUUAUCUGAAAAUAGUAGUAGGAGUUUAGAGCAAAGUUUAAACUUAAAUGCCAAACCUUAUAGUAGAAUUGAUGCUACAAUUAGAGCAAUUCAGUGCGAUGUGAAAACGUAUUGCGAUGAGCCAGAGGAUAUGAUUGAUUAUAAUGAAUGGAAAUUAGGAUUUGUAUUAGAGGAGAUGAAUGGGGAAAUUGAGGAUUUGAUUAAGGAAAAUGGUGUAAUAGAUGAGAUUUAUAGUGAGGUAGUUCCGAGUAGGGUUGAUCAGGAAAGUUUCUGGAGUCGUUAUUUUUACAAGGCUUAUAGAAUAAGGAAAGCUGAUGAAGCAAGGGCAAGGCUUGUGAAGAGGGCGAUCUCAGGUGAGGAAGAAGAGGAAUUGAGUUGGGAUGUUGACGAUGAAGAUAAGGAGGAUACGGAAGGGUGGAGUAGCCGUGUUGCAACUGAAAAUGUAGCAAAGGAAGAGAUCGAGAAGAAAAUGGAUAGUUUACAGGUUGAGGAUAGGGGUAGGAGAUCGGUAAGUGGAGAAGAUGAGAAAGAAAUAGCUUUGGAGACUACAAGUGAUGGUGGGGCUGGGAGAGUAGAUGAUGCUGAAUCAAAAGGUGAUAGGGGGAGUUCAGAAGGCAAGAAUGAUAAUAGUGAUUUUUCAGUUGUUUCCAGCCAAUUGUCUUUUCGCGAGGGAGAUGAUCUUGGGUGGGAUGAGAUUGAAGAUAUUGCAAGUGGUGAUGAGAUCAAGGUGCCCGAGAGAAUGAGCCCAAGCAAAGAUGAUUUGAGGAAGCGUUUGAGUGCUGCAGAGGACGAGGAAGAGUUAUCAUGGGAUGUCGAGGAUGAUGAUGAUGAAGCUGCCAAAUCAUGAUAACGCCCGAAUUUGUUAACUUGCUCUCAGCUACUAUUAUGGUUUUUCUUUCCAAGUAUUCAUUAUAGAAUAUAGCAGCAGUGAUCCUGUAUUUUAUUAUUGGCACUUCAUAAGAAUAAUGUGUAUAUAUCAUUUUUAAUUUUUUGAAUUUAAGAAACUGUAUCCGACUGCCA